CCCACAUGCAACGUUUUGAUGAGAAGUGCACCAAAAAAAGAGUGACCCAAAGGGACUGUAACGGAGCUCGAAGACCGGACCGGUUUACAUCCUCACGGAAGACCGGAGAAACAUUCGCACACCAGCACAUCCAACAUGCCCAAGGCAACAACACCGACGUCGUCUCAUAAGAGACGGCACAAUCCCCUCGAAGAUGACCUCCUGGCCACCGGAGUCCUGAAGAACAGGGAGGGGAGACCCUCGAAGCGGGCUGCCAAGGCGCACUCGGAGGAUCAGGCCUAUGUCGACGCUAAAGCUUCGCGCAAGAUUCUGGCCAUGAGCCGUGACCUUCUAGAGGAAGAAGACGCUCAGCGAAGCACCCAUAACAAUAAUGCGUCGGCUCCGUCGGCCUUCGACUUUGAUCCUUCUCGGCUGGAAACAGGCAGUGACCAAGAGGAAGAUUUUGCCAACGACGAGGCAUGGGGCGACGAGGAGGAUGUCGUGGAGGAAGUUGAGGUUGAUGCCGCCGAUCUCGAGACAUUCAAUCAAUUCAUUACACCCACGAUGAAUGACGAUCCUCUUCUGACUCAUGGUUGGGACGGGAAGCCCAGCGGCGACUCAACGGCGCAAGGGCCGGGCACAAACCUGGCGGAUUUGAUUCUGUCAAAGAUCGCAGAGAAGGAGGCUAUGCAGGGCGGACGGCACGAGGAGAUGAACCCCGUCGAGGAGGAUUACGAGUUGCCGCCGAAAGUAGUUGAAGUUUUCACCAAGAUUGGGCUCAUUCUUGCUCGGUACAAAUCCGGACCAUUGCCGAAGCCAUUCAAAAUCCUGCCCCAAAUACCGCACUGGGAGGACAUCUUGCAGCUCACACGGCCAGACUUAUGGACUCCGAAUGCUUGCUAUGCAGCGACAAGAAUAUUUGUCUCGGCUAAGCCACUGGUUGUCCAAAGGUUUAUGGAGAUGGUCAUCCUGGAACGCGUCCGAGAAGAUAUAUACGAGAACAAGAAACUUAACGUCCAUUUGUUCAACUGCCUUAAGCGGGGACUCUAUAAGCCUGCCGGCUUUUUCAAGGGCUUUCUCUUCCCGUUAGCUGCUUCUGGUACCUGCACACUGCGUGAGGCGCAAAUAAUAUCUGCCGUUUUGGCCAGGGUGUCUAUACCGGUUCUCCAUUCGGCGGCGGCCAUCAAGACACUGUGCGAUAUUGCGGCGGAGCAGGCUUCGCAGCAGUCGGAGUGUGUCAGCGCGACGAAUUACAUGCUCAAGGUUCUCCUAGAGAAGCGAUAUGCACUGCCUUGGCAAUGCAUCGACUCCUUGGUAUUCCAUUUCCUCCGCUAUGCAGCUUCGGCCAGGGAUGGAGACGCUGCCCCUAAAGCGCUACCCGUGAUAUACCACCAGUGUUUAUUAGUGUUCGCGCAACGGUAUCGCAAUGAUAUCACCGAAGAUCAGCGGGAGGCACUGCUGGAUCUUCUCCUAAACCAUGGCCACGAGAAGAUCGCCCCGGAGAUUAGGAGAGAGUUGCUCGCCGGGCGGGGGAGAGGGGUUCCUGCCGAACAGCCUGGGCCUGCAUUUGAUGGCGAUGACACAAUGUUGGUCGAUUCAUGAAAGUGAUUGCCCAUACUUUCGGCUGGAUUUCCGUAACCAGGAGGCCAAACAUUUUCGUGGACUUUUCGGUAUACGGUGUCAUCGUGGGCUUUGUGGCCUUUGCCGUUGCUUUCGCACCCAGCCCCAGGCUGUACACAUUCAACAGGGUGGUGCAGGCCGGUACUUUUGCCUCUAUAUCAAACCCUCUCAGGCUUUGUUGAGCGGCCAAGA